CUAGCUCACUUCUCUCAGUCGCAUCUGUUUCUUUACCGCGUACGUCCAUUUGUAAUUGCCCGACUCAUUUAUCACCGAAUAUGUAGAUUUUUCCCAAUUAUUCAAUAAUUUAACUUUUAAUUAUUCGCGAUCUUUGUAUAAUUUCCUCUCUCUCUGUGUUACUCAGUAAUUUAUUUAUUAAAUUCCCUCUAAUGUUUAGACAUUCAGUUUUAAAAGCAAUCCGCGUGCUUCUCAACGUAUUCAAUCUCAGUCUAUCGUUCUGUAUAUCCACCUCAAGUAUUUAUUUAUUGUUCGUAAAAAUAUUAAACAUGAUAUUUGCCUGUGUCACCGCGGGACUUCUCUAUCUCGCCACAAAAUACCACGACAAUGUAUUUCGAAGUGUUAAAAGUAUCUGUCACAGUAUAGUUAGCCAACAUGAUAAUGAAGAGCUCAAGAAUCACAAAAAAUCCGUUCUUCCAAUCACGAAAAUUAUAUUAGCUGAUUCACCAGAGAAAUGCGACUACGCUGUUCAACGUAUUCGAAGCAAUUUAUGCCAUGGUGUACUCGGUUUCGACUGCGAAUGGGUGAAAGAAGGACGGAUUUCUUUAUUACAACUUGCCACUCACAAUGGAGUAUGUGCUCUAUUCAGGAUUGGGAAAAUUGGAUAUGUACCACCUAAACUCAAGGAAUUAUUGUCAAACAACUGCAUUUUGAAAGUCGGUGUAGCCUCCUUCGAAGACGGUAGGAAGCUGACAAACGACUACGGGUGUCGAGUGUAUGGAACGGUUGAUCUUCGCACACUAGCCGACGGACUAGGCAUUCCUAGUAGGAAGAGCCUAGCUGCAAUGUGCGUCCAAUAUCUGGGAAUUGAACUCGAGAAGAUAAUCGAGGUGAGAUGCGGUGAUUGGGACGCUGAUACUCUAACUGAUGAACAGAUGGCUUAUGCUGCGUACGAUGCAAUUGCAUCGGUACUCGUUUAUCGAGAGAUGCAACGAAUAGUGAAACGCAAGCGUUCUCCUCUCCGCAAUCUUAUCCUCUAUCUAAAGAGUUUAUAUCACCGUCGCUAUCACCAAGCGCCACACUACAUCCAUCAAGUCCCUCCAGACUUAAUGGACAUAAAGUACCGAGCUACCCCAGAGACGCCCUCAAGCCCUGAGGCAAAUAACAACAACAAUUUCACAAAGAACAAAAAUGUUCCCACCUCAAAUCCUCAGAAGCUGAGUAGUAUACCAACGAGAAAAGAGCCCCUUUACCAUAACUGUUACUUGCAAGCACCGGAUGGUGAAAUUCUCUGCACAUGUGAUCGUAAAAAAGCCGAGUGGUACGUGACCAAGGGCCUAGGGGUGACAAUCAACGAGUCACCUCUCACAGUAAGACUGAACUUCGAGCCUUCAGGUAGGGCUCUAGGUCAGGUUGGCCAGUAUUACACGCAAGUUAAAGUAAACCAAUGCGUGGUCUGCGGUGCCCAGGACAAAUUCAUUAAGAAGAAUGUUGUCCCAAGGGAAUACCGCAAGUACUUUCCCCUCGUGAUGAAGGCCCAUCAGUCCCAUGACGUCUUACUUCUGUGCCCCAUGUGCCACGAAAUCAGUAAUAGACAUGAUUUGGAUCUGAGGAGACAUCUGGCAUCGCUCUGCGAUGCUCCAUUGUCAAGAUUAUUGCCUCCAUCGAAGACGGAUCUCAACCAUCACAAGCGAAAAUUGAUGUCAGCUGUGAAGGCUCUCAGGGAUCCCUCGGUACCAUUACCUCCUCAUCGUAGGCAACAACUUGAGGCUUGUGUUCUUGAAUACACUUCACCAAAUUCACCCAUCCUUCAGUGUGAUCCUGAGGUCGAGGUUCCCCUGAAGUCAAGUCGGAUUGAGUUGACUGGAUCUGUGUCGUCACCGCCCUUACAAGCGAGAGUGACACCACACGGUCUGAAAGUUGUCGAACACUUCACCAAUUCCCAUAAUGGACUCGUCGCUCUAGAGACAAUGUGGAGAGAACACUUUCUCACCAAUAUGAGGCCUAAGUUUUUACCAAAAUUAUGGUCUGUUCGUCAUAACCAGGAACGUUUGGAGAUUAGGCAAACGCAGAAUAGAAUUGAACCACAAGAUGCCAAAGUCGCGGGUCUGACUAGGUGAACUAUCCAUUUAAUUUAUUUAUUUAUUUAUACUUAUCGUUUCGAGAGAAACAACAACGAAUUUUUUCGCUAUCUAUUGCUGUAGAUUAUUAACUUUGCAGGGACUCGUUUGUGAACGAGUACUCUUGUUCUUUGAAUUUUCAUAUGAUCUAUCAAUAAUGUCAUAAUUAAAGAGUAUUUAUAAUUAUUAGUAAUUAUGUAAAUUUAAAUUUAUAAAUCAAUGAAAUUAUAAACUUAUGUACAUAAUACUUUGAAAUUUGAAAUAAUAAUAAUAAUAAUAAUAAUAAUAAUAAUAAUAA